ACAGGACCCACACAGUCUCUUCUAGAUGCCACUUGGAGGCUGAGGCCAUGCUGGAUGCUCUCGACUCUAGAAGGGCUGUAGGGAAGGUGUGCAGAUAGAUCAAGUCCUGGCUGGUGAACCCUGAGAUUUCAAGUUAUAGACGUCUCUCCAUGGCUCCAUAUCACAUCCGCAAGUACCAGGAGCGGGACCACAAAAGGGUGCUGGAGUUGUUUAUCAGCGGCAUGGAAGGAAACAGCCCUGCCACCUUCCGUCUCAUGCUGGCGUGGCCUCAAAGCCUGCUGCUCUUAGUUGGGCUGCCUCUUGCCAUGCUCUUGUUCUCUGGCUCAUGGCUUCUGGCCAUUGUCUGCUGCUUCACCCUGCUCCUGCUCCUCUGGCUCUAUGCCAGAUAUCCCUGGAAAACACAUGUGGCUAAAUGUUUGCACACAGACAUGGCUGAUAUCACCAAACACUACCUGAGCACACCUGGCUCCUGCUUCUGGGUGGCUGAGUGUGGGGGGCAGGUGGUGGGCAUGGUGGCUGCCCAGCCUGUCAGGGAUCCCCCCUUGGGGAAGAAGCAGUUGGAGCUGUUUCGACUCACCGUGGCUUUGGAGCACCGAGGAGAAGGAAUAGCAAAAGCCCUGGUCAGGACUCUUCUCCAGUUUGCCCGGGACCAGGCUUACAAUGAAGUUGUCCUUGUGACCAGUGUAGUGCAGCAAAGUGCUCAGGCCUUAUACCAGCAUAUGGGCUUUCGAAAGACACAUGAAGGCUUUUGGGACCUGACCCCAUGGCCAAUGGCUCUUGGUACAAUCUAUUUAACAUACCACAUCUCUUCUCCUCAGGAAGGGCGGCUGUAAUACUUAAUCACAUACAUAUUCAUAUGUAUAUAUCCAGUUUAUUCUGCCAUGGUAACACUCAGUUCCUGACAUUUCAUUAGUACAGCAGUGG